CCGUGCCGCGCGUCGUUCACACGUACGUAUAGUAUACAUAGCGCGUCUCUCGAGGUUUUAGUCUCGCGCGCGCGUUCCUGCGGUCAGAGCGGUUAGAGAGCUGUGCUCGUGUUUUGCACAAAAUCAUACAGGAAAGAAAAACAAUUCAUUUCCAAAAAACGCUGCGUAGAAACAUUGUUUGUUGUACCUGUGUGGAAUCAAAUCUUAAGUGACUAGUUUUCACAAAUUAGUAGGAAGUACAACGAAAUAUUUCUUGUGCGUUCUUAUUUUAAGCUCCCACACCAUGGCCGAUGAAGCGCAACCACCGAAUGGUACGGACGUCGUAGACAAGAUGACCGUAGAGGUGGCUGAAAUGGCACUCGACGCUAAAGAAGCUGCAGGCAAGGAAGCUGCCAGCGGCCAACCGGGUGCAGCCGAACCGGCAAAGCCGUCCGAAAAGGAAACAAACGGUUCGGCGACACCUGCCAAGCCCGUCUGUUCCGCGGCCUUUAAGGAACAGUUUAAAGCCUUCUCAAAGUUUGGUGAUACAAAGUCGGAUGGAAAACAUCUAACGCUUUCGCAAAGCGACAAGUGGAUGAAGCAAGCGAAGGUUAUUGAUAAGAAGAUAACGACCACCGAUACGGGAAUACACUUCAAGAAGCUAAAAUCGAUGAAGCUGACGUACGAAGACUAUAACAAAUUUCUGGACGAUCUGGCAAAAACAAAGAAAGUCGAGCUGGAUGAAAUCAAAAACAAAAUGGCAAACUGUGGCGCUCCCGGAGUACAUAAUGCAACGCCGGGAAAAGCGGCCGAAACGGUGGCUCGCCUUACCGACACGUCCAAGUACACCGGUUCGCACAAGCAACGGUUCGAUGAAACUGGCAAGGGCAAGGGUAUUGCCGGCCGAAAGGAUAUGGUCGACCAGUCCGGUUAUGUGUCCGGAUAUGGGCACAAAAACACCUACGACAAAACUCAUUGAGCGCAAGGGAGAAUCGGUGCGUAAAAUCUAACCCAAGCUGAAACGAAAACAUUUAAAACUGCGCGCUUCGUAACGUACAUUUUCGAAACGGUAAUUUCAUGCGAUGCGAUUCCACCACAUGUGAGAUUGGUUAGUUGCUGACCAUAAGCCUUUAUGUAACCCUGUGUCCCAGUGCAAAAAAAACAACCCUGUAUUACAAAUCAA